ACCUUCCAGACCACACCACACAGUAGCUUUCUCUUGAGUUCUCUCUUUCUUCUUCUUCGUUAUAUAUAUAUAUAUAUAUAUUCUCACCUUCCUCUGUUCUCUGUGCAGUGUACAGAAAAUACUUCCCAUCCUUUCUCAGAUCUCGAGAUCUCUGUUUCUUCUCGAUCUUCUCCGUCAUAAUUUUCUCCUGUGAGUUGCUGAAUCCAUCCAUUAAAGCUCCAGAAAGAUGGGUAUGGUGGUGGUGAUAUCUCUGCCUCUGAUUCUCUUCUGUUUAAUUCUGGGUUUUGGAUGCUACUUCCUCGGACGAGCAAGAGGAAGACAAGACAUAAAGACCAAUCCUCAAGUCUUUGGUGUGCCCACUCCUCCACCAAAUUCUUUCCCUUCGCCUCCUCCUCCUCCUCAUCAUUCAAAGCCAGACAACACUGAUAAUGUUUGAUUCGAUCAAUCAUAAUGUAUUAAUGUUAGUCUUUCGUGUUCUUCUUCUAUUGUAUAUGUGUGGGUAUGUGGGUGAUUCUUUUUCUUUUGAAGAAAUCUCUUCUAUUUGGUGUGCGUUGUGAAAUGGCUGUAAUAUAUUGAGUAGCAUCUACGAGUUUUGAGAUUCAUUUUUGUAAGUUUUUAUGGGUUUCAAGAGUUUAAGGGCUUUCAACGA